AUGUUCGUCCCCGGGAUGCCUGUCGUUGUGAACCAGAACACCCACCAGGGCCUGAAGCUAGUCAACGGUGCCAGCUACACUGCGCUCAACGUCAUUCUCGACAAAGCACACCCGGGCCACCGCGUUAAUGCCGACACCAUUAUCCACUUCAGCCCACCGGCAGGUAUUUUGCUAACGUCUGACACAACCAAAGACCUCCACUUCGUUA